AUGGCAUUCGGCCUGAGCCAGAAUAACAAAGUCGCUCACAUGGAAUCUACAGCUCUUGAAACUGAGAAAACCGAAGUCUCGGAUGUGGUGAAGUCUUCCACUGUAGAAGAUGUCGAGCUCAACACCACCACCCACACAAAGCCGGAACCGCUUUCGUGGCAGACUUACGCGGCAAUCCUUACACUGAUGUUCCAAUACAAUUCAUAUCUUUUCACGUUGAGCAUGCCGCCGGCGAUCCUUGCCUUCAUCAAUGCAGACCUCGGCCCUGAUUCAAACUACAUCUGGAUCACAGUCUCGUGGAACCUCUGUGCUGCCGUGCUCGUCACGACGAGUGGGCGCAUUGCCGACAUCUUUGGCCGACGAUGGUUUCUGAUAACAGGAGCUUGCAUCGGCGUUAUUGGUGCCAUUGUAGGUGCCACGGCCAAAAACAUCCCGACCAUGAUCGCCAGCGGUAUCCUCUUUGGCAUCGGAGGAGGUUUCCAGGAGAUGUGUUUCUCGGCGGUGCAGGAGCUGGUCCCCAAUCGUUGUUUGGAGGUCUCCAACAUGCCAGCGCAGUUCAGUGCGCUCAUCGCGUACGCUUUCGUUGCGCAUUCUUCCAUUGGAUGGCGCGCCUGUUACUGGUGGUGCUUUUCCUGGGAAGUUUCUUCGGCCAUCCUCCUCUUUCUCUUUUAUCACCCACCUUCCUUUGAGACGAAACAUCAGGUCGACCAUAAGACAAAGUUCCAGUUACUGACCGAGCUGGAUUAUGUCGGCCUUGUCUUGUUCUCCGCCGGAUGUGCCAUCAUCCUCAUGGGAAUCAACUGGGGUGGCUCUUUGCACCCAUGGAAGAGUGCCGCGUGUAUCGCGCCCAUUGUGAUCGGAGGAGCAUCACUCAUCGCCCUCGGAUUUUGGGAAGUGUAUGCCGACCUGAAGUAUCCCAUAUUGCCCCCGAAACUAUUUCGACAAUGGCGCAGUCGUGUUUGUGGGUGGUAUGCUAUCUAUAGCAAAGCUGUUCUCUGGCCCCGGAUCUCGACACUUCUCUUUGUCCCGGCCGAUGACCUUAUCCUUCGGGUUCUUUAUGCGAACAUGUCGGCUUUUGCUGUCAUGGUUGCCGCGAUUUACUGCAUGGCCGUGAUGCCCUGGGUUGGUCACGAACAAUGGCAACUUAUCGGUCUUGCUUGCCUCCAGACUGCGUUUAUCGGCGGCUUCUCCAGCUUGAAGAUCCAUGAGAAAGGCAAAGCGAUUGCAUUCCUUCUCAUUGCCGGUGCUGCGGCAUCCAGCGUGAACCAGAUAGCCUUUGGCAUGGUGUCACUUGGUAUCGAACAUCAAACCGACAUCGGAGUUGCAGUUGGGCUCGUGAGCACCUCUCGCCUCCUCGGCGGCGCGGUCGCCAGUGCAAUAUAUGUGGCCAUCUACACCAACAAGUUCUCAGAGGAAAUCCCAGGUCACAUUGCCGAUGUUGCAGCCUCGACCGGGUUCCAAGGCUCUACAUCCGCUCUCCUUGCAGCUGCUAUCAAGAACACCGAGGCCGCUUACGAAGCCGUUCCCGGCAUCACCGCCAAUAUCAUAUCUGCUUGCCAGCUGGCCGUCAAAUAUGCGUAUGUGGACGCAUUCAGCUUGACAUACAAGGUAGCCAUCGCCUUUGGGGGUGCGGCAAUCAUCGCAUCGCUGUGCACCAGGAACGUAGAACAGAAGAAGAAAUCCAAUGACCGAGCUGUUCGCUUGGAGAAUGAGUAG